GUUGGCAGUCCCAUCUCUAGCUUCCUACACACUGCCAUGGUUCACCUUAAGCUGUUAGCCCUGCUCAUGGUGUGCCUACUGCUCCUGAAACAGGUGGGGCCAUCUCCCUUGCCCCAGCAGAGCUCAGUCCAGAGAAGAGUAAGAAGGAUGACCCCCUUCUGGCGAGGUGUCUCUCUCAGGCCCAUUGGGGCAUCUUGUCGUGAUGACUCUGAAUGUAUCACAAGACUAUGCAGGAAAAAACACUGUUCCCUCAAUGGGACCCAGGAAUAAUAUAUUUACUGAAGAAAAGAGAAGAAAGCAGCUGCUUCCAACAAUGCUCCGUUCUAUGGAAUAUUGAUUAUUAGCUGCAUAACUACUGGAAUUAUCUCUGAAGCUGUUUUGCUAUUUAAUAUUUAAAAGCAGAUGCAUACUUUAACUUAGACACCACCCCCCAUUCUUAGAGCACAGACGUGGAUAAAGACGUUUAAACUGCUGAA